AUGGACCAACGAAUCGAGAAAGAGAAGCCUGCUCCGCUCAAGAUUAUUAUCUGCGGAGGAGGAAUCGCAGGCUUCGCAGCAGCACUGCUCUUGCGUGAGGAACACGACGUUCUGGUCCUUGAAUCUUCAUCAUCCAAUGAGGAGCUGGGUGCCGCCAUCACGCUCUCCAUCAAUGCGACUAGACUUUUGAGAAGAAGCUUCGCGCGCGCAGGCUUCGACAAAGAUCUCGCCAAUUACGUUGAAGCUGAAAAGUUCCAGGAGCUCCAUUGGAAGGACCUCUCAGUCCUCCUGGAAUGGCCAAUUAGUGCAGUCACGGAGAAAUACGGCGAGCCGUGGUGGUAUUUCUCUCGCAAGGAUGUCCAUGCAGAACUCAAACGUGCUGCACUCUCCGUAGACGGCUUGGGAAUAACACCUCGCUUGAAGACAGGCGCUCAAGUUGAAAGAGUCGACUCGAAAACGGGCUCAGUCUUCCUCAAGUCCGGAGAUUCCUACAAGGCUGACCUGAUCAUCGGUGCGGAUGGGAUUCGGUCGGCGAGUGGCAAUUCAGUGUUUGGCAAGCUCGAGACAACAUCCGAGGGCCUAUCUGCAUAUCGCUGCAUGAUCCGCACAGAGGAGCUGAGGAAGAACCCACAGACACAGAUUUUGACUGACAGUGCAAAAGUUCUCAUAGUCAUUGGUCCCGACAGAAGAAUCGUCGUGUACCCUUGCUCGAGCUGGGACUGGAUGAACUUUGUGUGCAUUUACCCAGACACUAGUGAUCGACGACUUCAGUGGACUGGUGAAGUCGAGGUACAAGAGAUGGUGGAAAGGUUCAACGACUUUCAUCCUUCCAUAGUUGCUGCAUUGUCGAUGGCUUCUAACGCGGGAGUCUGGCAGCUGCGGCAGCGUGUGCCGUUACCGACACUGGUCAAGGAUUGUUUCGCGCUGGUAGGAGACGCAGCGCACGCAAUGGGCCCACAUCAAGGCCAAGGCGCCUGUCAAGCCAUCGAGGACGCAGAAGCUCUUAGACUAGUCUUGACUGGUGCCUCGAGUGAUGAUGUUGAGUCCCGACUUAAGAUAUAUGAUGAGUUGCGCCUCCAGCGGAUCACUAGGGUUAUGGAGAAUACGAAGAAAAUGGCUCCGCGGGCCACUGACUCGAAGGAGUUUGAGUUCAAGAGUUCACAGACAUACAGUGACUACCACUGGGGCUAUAAAGUGGCUGAAGAAGCAGUGGAUCUAAUGCGUGCCUAUGGGUUGGCCCUGAAGAUUCUUAACGACGCAACUGGGGAGGUCGGAUUUGAAUGA